CUGUCGCGGUUGCCCUGCUGGUGCUAAUCUCUCGGACCGACACGAAGGUGUUGGUCGAUACCGACAGCUAUGGUGUGGGCAUCGUCCAUCACGCGAAGAGGAGCGACGGUCGCGGGAGCUGCAGCCGCCCGCCGGCCUCGUUCCAUCGCCGCCGCCGCACGUGUAGUACGUCGACCCGCCCUCUUUCGCGACAACAACGGCGACGAGGCCACGAAGCUCCAGCCACAGCAGCGACGGAAGCUCUCGGCAAAGCCGGCCCCGGCCCCGGCCCCGGCCGCUAGCGCUGCCCCCACCCCAACAGCAACGGGUCCGGCGGCGCAGGAGAAAGGAAUCAGUGGUGGAGGGGGUGGUAGUGGCGGAGAUGCUGCCGAGGAGCUUUGGAUUGUUGGUCGGGUCCUCGACGACAUGGACACGCGGCUAGGGGCGAAACAGGAAAAGAUCCGGGUGCGUGAGAUCGGCGUGAUCGAGCGCUUCGCGGCCGUCGUCUCCGCCCUGGACGGCAGCCUGAAGCCCCGCGAAGGCGACGAGUUCCUGGCGUGGCUGCGCUCGCAGGGCUUCGACGACGCCCCCCGCACACCACAACCAGGCGGUGGUCCUCCGACAGAGGAGGACGAGACAGCAGCGGGGAAGAAGGUCGAGAAUCAAGGCAACAACGGGCAGAGUGACGGCGGAGCUGCGGAGGAGCGGGCGGAAGUGGAGGCGUUUCUGUCGGCGGCGUCCGCAAGGCUCAACGCGCUCGUCGCAGACAAGGAAGACGCGCUCUUCGGGGAUAGGGGCGAAGCAGAAGCAGAAGAGUCCUUGCAAGCGAAGGGGGAGCGGGGAGGGGAGGACGGGACGGCAGCCGCCGGGGGCGACGCUAGCGGGGAGCCGGUUGUCUCUCCCAACAUGUCAGACGAGGACUUGUACCAGGCCAAGCUCGGCGUACACAGAGCUAUGCUUUGCCACUUCCUAUCAAUCCUGUCGUCGAGCUUGGGUAAGCAGCAGCUCAAGACUGGGCUGUCGUUGGAGGAGGUGGCGGCGGCGACGAGAUCGGCUUACCUGGCCGCCCCGGAGGAUAGGUUAGCUGCGGUGUAUCCGCUCUUCGACACGCACGGGGACGGGCACCUCGACACCGAGAGCGCAGAUCUCGCCGUGGACGCGGUGGUGCUCUCCGUCACGGCGGCGUCCGAGCGCUGCUACGCGGCGGCCGCGCGGCCCGCGCUGGACAAGAAGGCGGCCGCGGCGAUGCCGGCCACGAUGAAGUACGUGCUGUGGGACGUGAUGGAGGUGCCGAUGAAGAGGCGGUGCUCCUUCGCGUGGGCGGAGGACCGCAAGCAGGUCGGGCCCGACGAGUGGCGGGUUGGGUGGGAGCAGUUUGCGCCUUCGCGGAAACAACACUUCCCGGAGAUGGACUCCGUAGCUAGAGACUAUGUUGCCGAGUUCAGCAGGCGGCGUUCGGCAUGGCACACCUCCCGCAAGGGGCGCAAGGAGGCCAUGGUUUACGGGUCGGCCUUGUUCGUUGCAGUGCUUUUCAUCGACAACCUGCUGAAGAUGGUGUAG